CUACAAUGCGCUGUCAAAUUUUUAACAGCUGUUUUCAAUUCCACUUUCUUCAACACAAUUUUCGUGAAUGUAAAUAAACAUGUUUCUGUAAAAUAUAUUUGGAAAUUAUUGAAUAGUUUGUAAAAAAGAAUAAUUUAUUUAUUUAUUAAAUUUUCAACAAAAUAUGGCAUUCGAGUUAUCCACUUCAGUUGUGCAAGGACUUCAAAGUUUAGGCACAAUUAUUCCAAUAGAUCUAACUAAAAAAUUAAUAUCUAAUUCCAUAAAAUUAACGUUACAUUCAGAUGAGACUAUUCCUCCCGUUCCGGAGAUGUAUGCUUUGAACGGUGACAAGACAAAACAAAGUGAGUAUGCAAUUGUUGCAUUAUUUGCACUAGCAACAAAGCAUUGUAUAGACAGCAUUGCAUUACGACACUUGCUUACAAAACAUUUAAUUGAUACCACCGUAUUGGAUGAACUCACACGUGCUUACGAGGAAAAUCGAAAAGACUUAAUUUUACGUCAACUCCAACUUGGAUUUAAUUUUCCUCAUAUAACUGAUGUUGAAUGGCGCAUAAUAUGUGACGUUAAAUCUUCCACAACAAAUAAUAGCACUGGUGAAUUGGGAUUUCUAAUAAACCUUGGUAGAUACCAUUUAAUAAGCGGAGAAAGAGAACACAUCGUUGAAUUAUUUUGCAAUACUGAAGAAUUACAGUCAUUAAUAAAUAAACUAAAAGAAAUUGAAAGGCAUUGUGAAAAAGUAGCUUCACAAUAAAAUCCAACAUUGAAACAGUAAUUUUAAAAUUUAUUUAACACAACAUAGUUUAUAAUUAACAAGGACGACAUUGCAAACAUUUUGUAAAAUCCGGUUGCCAAUAAUUCACUAAAUUUCCGAAAAUCUUCACUGAUCAUUUUUACUUGCGAAACUCUUCA